AUGGAGCGGUUGCUGGCACACUACACAGGCAAAAAUACACUAGACGCUGAGACGUUGAAGACCUUGGCCGAGUCUGUCGAGAAAGGACGUCCCGACCCAGAGAUAUCUAAGGCCGGGGCCGAAGCGGACAUUUCCAUGGAGCCGGAAGUCGGCGCCUAUGCAGAGGCGCAAUCGCAGAGCUCUGACUCGUUCAAGGUGGACGAGAUCACAGUGCAGCCUCUGGAGAACAACAUCACACACUACUCUGGCGAGUUCUCCCACUGGAACUUCUCCAUGCGAAUAAAGCAGUGGAUCGAGCAGUGCGUAAACGACGCCCCGGAUGGUCCCAAAACGCAGUUUAAGGAGUACUAUCGCCCGGAGGAGCUGCAGUCAUCCUCAAACACGGUGGCUUCACUAUCCUCCCUGCCACCUCGUUACGUCGCCGACUUCCUGGUCCACGCUUUCUUUAACCACGCUGAAACCAGUUACUUUUACGUCGAGCGUCAUUGGCUGAAUGAAAAGCUCGACCUGGUUUACGAAAACUCGGCGUCCUUGACGCGGCGAGAUGUUGGCACAGUGUGCAUGAUUCUCAUAAUCUUUGCCAUCGGGACGCAGUAUGCCUAUCUUGAUUCUCGCGAUGAGAGAGGCGGGCCGCCCAAUGCUGCUGCCGACUCAAGCCCCUUUUCCGAGGACACUAUUGGUAUCAUGUUCUACCAGCAAGCAUGUCGACUGGUCCCUGACGUGAUCACAAUAUCGUCAUUGGAAAGCGUACAGGCAUGUCUACUGAUAGGCUUGUAUACACUUCCUCUUGAUGCAUCAGGCCUGUCAUACGUUUACUUGAAUCUCGCAGUCAAGCUGGCGAUUCAGAACGGGAUGCACCGGAAGUAUCCAGGGGACGCCAUUGAUCCCGUUAUCCGUGAGACGAGGAAUCGUGUGUGGUGGACAGCCUAUACGACUGAGAAGUGA